ACCCCCCCGGGGCCAGCGCAGCCCCCCCGGUCGCGACAGGUGACCCCAGGUGUCCCCAUGCCGCGGCGCCUCCUGUCCCUCCUGCUGGCCCCCACGCGGCUCCUGCUGGCCCUGCGGGGGCUGCUGGCCCGGGGGGGGCUGGCGGUGGCCGCGGUGGCCUCGGGGGUGGCCUUUGGCCUCUGGGGGGUGGCGCUGCUGCUGCGCCGCGGGCCCCGCGCGACGCUGCGGGGACAGCGCAGGGACACGGCCCCGGCCGGGCUGGCCGAUGGCACCUUCGGGGAGCACCGGCACCUGCGGCUGCAGGGCUCGGGGCUGCGUCUCCACUACGUCACUCGGGGUCCCCCCGGUGCCCCCCUGAUGCUGCUGCUCCACGGCUUCCCCCAGAACUGGUUCUGCUGGCGUCACCUGCUGCAGGAGUUCAGCGCCCGCUUCCGGGUGGUGGCCCUGGACCUCCGCGGCUACGGGGACUCGGAGAAGCCACCGGGGAGGGACAGCUACCGGCUGGAGCUGCUGCGCGGGGACAUCCGCGACGUCAUCGAGGCCCUGGGGACGCCGGCGGGGACGCCGCGCUGCGUCCUGGUGGGACACGACUGGGGCGGGGUCCUGGCCUGGGAGGUGGCCUCGAGCCACCCCCAGCUGGUGGAGAAGCUGGUGGUGAUGGACGCGCCCCAGCGGGGUGUCAUGGCAGCUUUCACGGCCCGUCACCCGUCGCAGCUGCUCCGUUCCUGUUACAUGUUCCUGUUCCAGCUGCCCUGGCUGCCCGAGCUGCUCCUGUCCCUGGCCGACUUCCAGCUGGUGAGGACGUUCCUGACCAGUGCCCAGACGGGCAUCCAGGACCCGGCGUGGCGGCUCUCGGAGCAGGAGCUGGACUCGUACCUGUUCGGCCUCUCCCAGCCCGGGGGGCUCAGCCCCCCCAUCCAUUACUACCGCAACCUCUUCCGGGUUUUUUCGGUGAUGCUCCGUGGUCCUCCCGACCGCCAGGGGGCGCCGCGCAGCCGCGUCUCUCCUCCACCGCCCCGCCACUUCCGCUUCCGGCGCUCGGCGUUUCCGCUUCCGCCGCCGCCGCCAUUAGCGCCAGGCCCGCUGCCGGUGCUGCCGCGGGCCCGGUGCCGCCGCCAUGGGCGCUCACCUGGGCCGGCGCUACCUGUGGGACGCCGAGGCCGAGCCCGACCCGCUGCACAUGCCGUCCUUCCCCGCCGACCUGGGCAUGCCGCUCCGCCAGCCGCGCUCUACGUGAUGCGCAUGAAGGAGUUUGAGCGCGAGCGGCGCCUGCGGCUGCGGCAGCAACGGCUGCGACGGCGGCGCGGGGACAGCGACGGGGACAGCGAGUGACAGCAACGGGGACAGCGAGUGACAGCAACGGGGACAGCGAGGGACACCGGGGACAGCGAGUGACAGCAACGGGGACAGCGAGGGACACCGGGGACAGCGACGGGGACAGCGAGUGACACCCGGGAACACUGAAUGACACCGCGGUGACACCACAGUGACACCGAGUGACGCCUGAGGAACCAAGUGGCACCCGGGACGCCACAGUGGCACCAAGUGACACCCGGGAACACUGAGUGACACCUGGGACACUGAGUGACACUGCGGUGACACCCAGUGACACCGGUGACACCGCGGUGACGCUGACAUGAGGCCACCCCGCACAAUAAAGCUGUCAAGUGACA